AUGAGGUCAAAUGCCUGGAUGAUGAGAGGAUUGUCAGCCACUGACAGUUUCAACAUAGAGCCCACUCCCGCCCGGCAGGAAGCCUGCAAUGAGUCCCGUCCCAGGGAGGUGGAGGUCUGUGGAGAGGAUUCAAGCGGGACAAUGGGUCAGAUAGAUCCACAGUACUGGUGUAUCACACACUUCAUCAGUGAAUACCACAUCUUCACACUCUGCACAGAGGCAAAGUCCCACAUCGUGCACUGCUACUGGCCCAAUCCACUGGUGGAGAGCUACAUCAUCCGCAUACACAAGCACUUUUUCUCUAACUGCACCAUUGAGCAGGUGGUAUGGGUGGACCCGCCGGACGAUACGCUAACCAUCCUUAUCCUCAUCCCUGUUUUCCUCACAUUGGCCAUGAUCGCCCUGGUGGUCUGGUGCAGCAAGAGGAGUGAUAUCCUAGCUUAGGAGGAGAGGAAGAUGGAAAAGGACUGAGUUCAAGAUCCCAACAUCUCCACCAAAACAAUAUUAUACAAAGGUGUGCACAGACGUUUUGGGAGAUUGCUUCAGUUGGUUAAAUUACCCCAUAAGUAGUGCGGCAAAUGACCUAAACUUACUGUGGAAAUGAGGAAGGUAGUGCCUGGUAGUACAAAGUUGUAUUUGAUAUUUAAUAUUUUAAUAUAUUAGGUGUCACUUUGAACAUUUCUGACAUUGAUCUACUAUCAUUCAACAUGUUCAUCUGUUCAACAGGUAUUUUAAGCACAAUUUAAUAUGAAAUAUGAAUAUGAAAUAUAUAUGAAAUAUUCUUAUUUGCUUUCUUGCACAGUAAAUAUGUAGCUGGAACCAGCAGCUGGUUAGCUUAGCUUAGCAUAAAGACUGUAAACAGGGGGAAACAGUUCCUCUAAAGCUCACUAAUUAACACAUUAUAUCAUGUUUUUUUAAUCCGUACCAAAACAAAAGUGCAAAAACAAGUUCUGGAGCAGUAGUCAGGUGCAGUAUUUCCUGGAGUCACCACAAGAAUGCCAGGAAACUAGCAGUCACUCCAGGAACUGCACCUAACUAAGAAAUAAUUUUGGACUUUGUUUUUUCUACGGAUUAAACUUGUAAAUCUAUGAGCAUUAUAGUUGCUGGUAGGUGGUUGUGCCUUUGGAUAGAGCCAUAGCCUACUAGCUGUUUCCCCUUGUUUCCCAUGUUUAAGCUAAGCUUACUAGCUACUUAUUUAGCUUACAUACAUGAGAGUGGUAUCAACCUUCUAAUUUAACUCUCCACAAGAAAGCGAAUAGGCGUAUAAUUAUAACAUUUUUACUUCAAGACACAGAACAUUAAGUUUGAUUGUUUGAUGUCAUCACUUAUUGGGUAACUUGACCAGCUGGACAACCGACCAAAUCUUGGUGCAUUCUUUAAAGCUCAUGGAUCUGGGCAGUUAACCUCUGAGAUUCUUGUCAGAGCACUGUAUCGUUGCUGAAGGCCAAAAUAUCCACCAAGCACCAGAGGCAGUGACUAAACUGGUGGGAAUGAGACUCCCAGAAGACUCCGUGUUAAAUAUUUGAACAUGAUACUGUAUGAUGGUUUGGAUACAAAAAUAAGCCAAAUGUGGACUUAAUAUUGAUUCUGCAAGAUUUAUCUUACUGUUGAGUUACUGAAUGGACUGUCACUACUGGAAAGGAUACACUGGUGUGCAACCCAAAGACAAGGCAACACUAUGAUUCGCAUAUUUUGGGACUUGAAUUUCUUGUGUGACUACCUGAGCCUCAAGGGACUUAAUAACAGUGUAACUUAUCAGAUACUGUUGAAUAAAAUACUGUUAAUACUCACAAAGAGGGGUUCUCAAUGAAAUAAAAACGUAUGAACUGACAUUGAGACCUCAAACUGUACAGUUAUGCUCUGUGUCCGUGCUGUCUACUGUAUCUGCAUUUCCUCUCCAGUGUUACUCAGACCAGUGAGAAAUACACACUGAUGCUUUGAAAUGAAUUCCUUUGGGGAAAGGCUUGAUUUAAUGUACGCACUUCAUUGGUUCUUUGAACCACAGUCCUCACCAGCCAUAAGGCGAACUAAACCAAGCACUGCUUUUUAUUUUCUUCCAAAGCAUAUGGCAUCAACCUCUGUUUGUCAGCUCUUACCUGCACACUUUUGUUUCUGGAAGCUGAAACUCCUCAGCAAAAGUACCCUGAUUAAAUUUAUGUUCAAACAACUGUUUGCUCUUCUUCAUUACAUGAACAAAGUAAGUACAUAGAAAACAAACACUUUUAACAAUUCUUUUCAAUCUAAGCUUAUGUUUGUGAAUUUAUGUUUAUGAAUGUUUUGCUAAACCAGAGGCUUUUUUGAUUUACAGUCAGAUAAAAAA